GUAUGCAAGUAUUUUUUACGUGGCAGCUGUGGACAUGGUGAUUCCUGUCGAUACAAACAUGAAAAGAAACAAAUUCCAGUACUUUGUCGAUUUUACAAAAGUGGAUCUUGCGGCAAUGGAGAAAAUUGUAUUUUCAGUCAUGAUUUGCAAUUACAACCAUGUCGAUUUCUUUUUGUAGGAGGUCAUUGUGAUGCAGGCGAUCACUGUCCAUUCUCACAUGCACCACUGACGGAGGAGAGUCGAAAGGAAUUACACAAAAUGACGGGACCUUGUCGAUUUUACCAUUUCAAGGGAUACUGUACCAAUGGCGAAACCUGCGUCUUUUCUCACACCGAAAUCUCCAACGAUCAACGACACGAACUAGAACAAACAUUGACACCUUGUAGGCAUUUCCAUACCCGUGGUUCUUGUCCUGUAGGCGAUCAAUGUUUUUAUCUCCAUCAAGAAGCGUCUCCUGAAAGUGUCCAACUCUUGAAGGCAAGUCUA